AUGGCAUCGCGGAUCUCCUUCACCCAAGUGCGCCUGGAAGCGGAGCUGGAGCGCUGCCGGGCCGAGUGCCAGUGGGACAAGAUGCCGAUGAUCGUCGACCAGAUGAAGGUGGCUCGGAUCCACGAGGACGAUGACUAUGGGUCACUGCUGAUGGCGGAGGCGCUGCUGGAGCAGUACCUGCAGGACAACAUUGACCUAUUACGGAGCUCCACGCCUCUGAUGGAGAAGACCCAGCCCAGACUGAGCCGGGUCAAAGGCCACCUCAACACUAUCCUCAGCCGAGGCCGCCUCACACCCAGGUACCUGAACGAGGCUCUGCUGCUGAUGGCCAAAGUGCACUAUGUGCAGGGUCGCUACCGGGACGCCCAGGGAAUGUGCGCCAGGGUGGGACUGGAGGAGCUGACGCGGGCCGACCGACCGACCUACCACCUCCGCCUGCUGGCCGAGGCCUUUGUCAUUAAAGGUCUGUCUCUGGACCACCAGACAGUUUCUGCCGUGUCCCGUGUCCGUCUGUCCGAGAGGGAGGAGGAGAGCCUGUCCUGCUACCUCAGGGCCUGUGACGCCUCUCUGUCCUACCUGCAGGAGCUCGACAAGACGUCAACAACACCUCACACUAAGACAGCCAAAGCCAGUCUUCUUCCUCCACCUGGGGACGUGAACCUGGGCUACUUCCUGCAGGCUUCCUUGCAGAGCGCUUAUCUUUGUCUGCUGCAGAGGGGUCAUCUGGCGCAGGGUGCUCACCAGCUGCGUAGGGUGCUCAGGGUGGUGGAGUCACGAGGGUCUCAGAGCUUCAGAAAGUCUGCAGCGAGGAAGCUAGCAGAGGUGCUGCUGAGCUCCGUAAGUGAGGACACCUACUGGCCCCCGCUAGGCCCCCCACCCUCAACCUGGCUCCACAGAGAGGGAGCUGCCGCUUCCAAAGACGCCAUCUACCCCACUGUGAAACCACCGCAACGUUACAGCACUGACAGUUGCUUCUGUCCUCAGGACGUGGUCGAGGAGGCUGUUUUGCUGCUGCUCAUCACAGAGUCCAUGGCCAGCGGCGAGGCGGUGAUCAGUCGUCUGCCAGACCAGGCCGAGUCUCGCAAGGCCAGCCUGCAGGGUGCCACCUCUGUCUAUGACCUGCUCACCAUCAGCAUGGCCAGGAGGGGGCAGUACGGCAUGCUCUCUGAGUGUCUGGAGCGAGCCAUGAAGUUUUCAUUCAACGAGUUCCACCUCUGGCAUCAGCUGGGCCUGUCACUCAUGGCGGCCGGGAAGGGCGUUGGUGCUGUAUCUGUAUUUAAGGAGUGUGCCAGGAUGAGACCAGAGGACCCCUCAUUGCCCCUAUUGGCUGCUAAAGUCUGCAUUGGUCAACUGCACUGGUUCGAGGAGGCCGAGGCUCUCUCGCGGAGCGUGGCGUCCAUGGGGGAAGAAGCCGGAGAACUUCUACCUAGGGCCUACCUGUCCCUGGGACUCUGCUGCAGUUUACAGGCCUCUGACGCCACUCUAAGAGUUGAUCGCGAUGAAUUCAACAAAAAAGCACUGCAAGCGUUGAGCAAGGCUCAUUCAUUAGACCCCCUGGACGCUCAGAUUGCCAUGUACCUGGCUCUGCAGUUGGCACUUGUACGCCAGGUGUCGGCAGCCAUAGAGUCCCUGCAGGCAGCGUUAUCUCUCCUUGGGGACGACUUGCACUCCCUCCACCUGCUCACUCUGCUGCUGAGCGCCCAGAAACACCACCGUCACGCCCUGGACACCCUGGGCCUGGCCCUGAGCCAGCACCCCGGCAACUUCAAUCUGCUGUUCACAAAGGUUAAGCUCGAAGAGGCCGUUUUCGGCCCGACCGCAGCCCUGCGGACCUGUGAGGAGAUGCUGCAACAGUGGCUGAGCCGCUAUGAUGUCAGCCGCUCCAGUGAGACCGAUGACAGCAGCAGCAUACCGAUGGCCGAGCGGGCGGAGGUCAGUCCUGGACACAGGAAACUCUCCAUCCACCUCACCCUGCCCGACUUCCAAGACACCUCCACUGGUUCGCUGAGCCCUUCGUCAGUUGCAGUGUCUCGUCUGGAAGCGGCGCUCUCUGAGGUGUCGGACCUCAGCUCCGGGCGUCGUCAAGGACCCACUUACAUCUGGACCACACUCGAAUGCAUUUGGCUGCAGGCUGGGGAGUUGUUCAUGGCGGACGGCCGGCUAAAGGAGGCCCAGUUCUGCAUAGCCGAGGCCAUCGCGCUCUCCCCCAACUCGUACUCGGUGCUGCUGCAACGGGGCCGCCUGGCCGAGCUCCGUGGCCAACUGGACGACGCCAAGGGCCUGUAUGACGAGGCCCUGGCCAUCCACCCCACAGGAGAGCGCACGCUGGUGCACAUGGGCCUUCUGCUGGUGAAAACCGAGCGCACCCACCUCGGGGAGAAGGUCCUGCGUGAUGCGGUUCAGGUCCACAGCACCUCUCACGAGGCGUGGAGUGGCCUUGGAGAGGCCCUGCAGUCACGGGGCUCAAGCCAGGCCUCCGACUGCUUCCUGACAGCCCUGGAACUGGAGGCCUCCUGCCCCAUCCGGCCCUUCACCAUCAUCCCCAGAGAACUUUGAGGGGGCCUCUGCAAUUUUGAGUGGGCCUCUGCAAUUUACUUUUGGAAGGAGGCCUGUUUCACUUUCUUGCCAAGAGCUUGAUAACAAGAUUGAUGUAUGUCUAUUGAAAAUGAAGACAGAGCCAGGAGAUGGUUAGCUUAGCACAAAUUAAACCAACAACAAAGUGAUAAGUAAACUUAAUUAGGUUUCACUAGUCAGAUAUUUUGUCACCCUUGGACCAGAGCCAGGCUAGCUGUUUCUCCCUGUUUCCAUUCUAUAUGCUAGGCUAAGCUAGCUAACGACAGGGUGUAGCUUUAUAUCUAACUAGCAGAUAUGAACGUGGUAUCAAUUAAGCGUCCAGCAAGAAUGCUAAAGUAUUCCCUUAAAUCGUCUCAAUGACAUCCGUUUUUUCAACCUAUCAAAUAUGAAGCCAAUCGCCCCCAACAUAUGAGUACCGCUACGUCCUUUAUAAGUUGUCAGCUGAAAACAAAUGCUGAUUUUUGUCUUACAAAAACAAUGACGUUAAUAUAGGAUAUCAAUGUCGUUCAUGUAGAAAAACGGCAUUCUGAUUUUGUUCUGCAACGGAGCAGAGCAGUAAUAAUAAUGUUAUAAUGUACGCUCUGUGACAGUGUACAUCUCUUAUGGAGUUAUGGAUUCGGAAGUCAUAGCUCUUUUGCAAUUAGUGACAAAUGAGUAACAUUUCUUUUAAUAAUCUGACUCGAUGGGUGUUAAUUUAAUGGUCCAUAAACAGCAAAGGUGUGCCGGUUACAUCUUUAGAUAGAAUGUAUUGUUGUUGUGUUAUGUGUGGAGAUGUCGAUCCAUACAUUAUGUACAGGCUGUCAGCAAAACUCCACUUCAUCUUUAUCUGAGCGUUUUGAUGUAUUUUUAAUGAUCACGUUAAUUGACGCAGCUUUGAUGUACACAGAAACACCCACCAUCCUCAAAUGAGAGAUCAUCCAUUUCCGAGCAGGGACAAUCACGUAUCAUUCCUUAUGUCGUUAUUAUGUGUGUGUUUCCAUGCAGUGUGUCUUCGUGCAUGCAGGUUUGUUUUCAAACCGCCCCUCUGGGGUGUUAUCAGUCACUGUUCUGUUUGUUCUAUCUGUCUGUACGGUACAGUAGGCCACGCAUAACGCGUGUGCUGUUUUUUGUUGUUGUUGUUCUUUUUCUUUUUACUCAUCUGCUCUUGAUGCUCUCCAUUAUAAACAACAACGGCUUUUAAAAAUCA